GAGAACUACUUUUUUUUUUGUCUUAAACAAAUCAACGUCCCUUUAUUUUAACAAUUUGUUCAUUCCUUUCCUGAUGAAAACAGUUUGUUCAUUAUCGUCCUUAUAGUAUUUAGAAAAUAGAAAUUUUAUAUGGAUCUGUUGCAUAAGAGCGGCUUUCUUUCUCUACCGCCGUCUCCCUCCCUAAACCACCGACCGUCUCAGACAAACUGCGGCACGUUUUACAUCCCAGAUAGAAGUUUGCUCUCCUUUUCUUCUGCAUCACCUUCGUCUACUUUUUCUUGGGCUCAAGGUGACGCUAUGCAUUGGAUGUUUCGCUCCUAUAUCGAGCUCUGGAUGGAUGGUAAUGCUUUCAAGAUACGAUUUUCUUAAAUUAAUUAAUUAGUUUUAUCAAG